UUGUCGAUGGAGGGCGCUAGAUUUUAAAUGGCAGCCUCCAUGUACCGCCUCCAUCCCUUACCAUGCGGAAUGAAUGGGAUAUGAUCGUGUAAAAAAUGUAGCGCUAUUGUCUCGUGCAGUUAGUUUGAUAGAACUAGAAGAUUUGUGUAUUUUAUAGUUGUGCCCAAGUGGAGGCUAUAAUUAAAACUCAAUAAAAGCUUUCAAUCAUGGACGCGGACGAAGACGACGGUGGUCUUAUGCUCAACCUCGUGUUUCCCGAGAAAAAGAAGACGGAAGAAAAGAAAGUGAAUGCAUCACAGAAAACUCAAGAAAGGAAGACACUGAAACAAGAGAGAACAUCCAGUGCUCCAACUCAAUCAUCGAGGUCAAGACAUAGUGCUGGCAAAUCAAAGACUGACCAUAAUGCACGGAAUAUUAGACCAGCACAGAAAGCAGUCAAAGAUCAAGACAGGUCAAAGGUCACAGGAUCAUCAGGUCAUGGAAAGGUCAUCUCCUCGCUGUUCAGACACAACCCAGAAAUUCCUAAUGUACAUGUUGCCAAGGUCCAGUCCAGCAAAGAGGCCAUUUUCUCAGCGCACUCAUUCCAUGAUCUCCCUCUUCAUCCUCAUCUGAUAUCAACCCUUGAGAAGACACUGGAGUUCAGUCACAUGACUAGUGUCCAGCAGCAGGCCAUUCCAGCCAUUCUGAGUGGCCGAGAUACCUUGGUCAAAUCACAGACUGGUUCCGGAAAAACCCUUGCCUAUGCUGUUCCAAUUGUCAACUCUCUUCAGGGUCACGAUCCUAAGGUUCAAAGAUCAGAUGGACCUUUUGCAGUAAUUCUUGUGCCAACCAGGGAGCUGGCUUUGCAAAGUUUCAACACACUCCAGAGAGUUCUGAAGCCAUUCCAGUGGAUAGUGCCAGGCUACCUGAUGGGAGGGGAAAAGAAGAAAGCAGAGAAGGCUCGUUUGAGGCGUGGCAUCAACAUUCUGGUAGCCACACCUGGUCGCUUCUUGGACCACUUACAGCACACAGAGACAUUGAGGCUGGACAAACUGAACUGGUUGGUCAUGGAUGAAGCAGACAGGUUGCUUGAUAUGGGAUAUGACCGUGAUGUGUCUCUCAUUCUGAACAGUCUUAAUGAGAAGUGCCAGCAGAGACAGAAUAUCUUUCUCUCAGCCACUCUCACCGAGGGCGUGGAACGACUCGCCCAAAUGACCUUAAAUGACCCCAUCAAGAUUGACAUUGCCAAAGAGAGCCAAUCAGAUCAGAGUACAAAUCCUCUUUCUGCUAAGCAUCAUCUCGGAGGUGUAGAAACAGACAAAAGGGUGGUAAGGGAGAGACCGAAUGCAGGAGACUCCAUAUCCAUUGAGGACUUCACAACCCCAGAAGGAUUGCAGCAGCAUUUUGUGAUCGUGCCUAGCAAGUUGAGGCUUGUCACGCUGGCUGCAUUUAUCUUGAAGAGAGCUCAGACCACAGGUGAUUGCAAGAUGUUAGUCUUUCUCUCCAGUCGGGAUUCCGUGGAGUUUCACUACACGCUGUUCAAAGAGAGCAUCAAGGCUGUUCUUGAGAUGUUGAAUCUCCUGGUGCUAAGACUACAUGGGAAUAUGUCGCAAGAAGAACGGACAGAAGUAUUUUUGAAGUUUCAAGAAGCCAAAUCAGGCAUUCUCUUAUGCACGGAUGUUGCUGCAAGGGGACUAGACCUGCCCAAAGUCAAGUGGAUUGUUCAAUACAACACUCCAGGUAGACCAGAGGACUAUGUACACCGCGUUGGUCGGACAGCUCGUAUUGGCAAGAAAGGCCAGUCUCUUCUCUUCCUGACGCCAGCUGAGGUGCAGUACCUCAAUGUGCUCAGCCAACACAAAAUCAACAUUCAGCAGAUGGGCCAUGAUCAUCUACUGCACACCCUUAUGACCAUCAACCUUCACCUAGCUGGUAACCAGUACCGCCAGCCAGUCCACACAGCACAGGAGGCAGCCGGUGCCAUGCAGCGGGUCUUUGAAGAAUUUGUCAAUAGCAACAAGAGUCACACAGUAUUAGCUGUCAAAGCUUUCCAGUCCUUUGUGCGUGCCUAUGCCACCUAUCCGGCCUCCCUGAAACACAUCUUCCACAUUAAGAAACUUCACCUGGGUCACACGGCCAAGAGCUUUGGUUUGCGAGAAGCGCCCUCACACAUCACAACAGGACUAGGCAGACAACAGCUCAAGGCUAAUCGAGGAACCAAAAGAAAAAGGUAAUACAAUUGCUUUUUCCCAAUUG